AUGGCGCUCACGAAGAGCCAACGCAUCAUCAUCCUGCUGGUCAUUGACGUCGCCUUCUUCUUCACCGAGCUGAUCAUAGGCUAUGCCGUCCACUCCCUCGCCCUGGUCGCCGAUGCCUUCCACAUGCUCAACGAUGUGCUCUCCCUGUUCGUUGGUCUCUGGGCUGUCCAGGUCGCGAACCGCAAGAGCGAGAGCAAGAUGUACACUUAUGGCUGGCAGCGAGCAGAGACGCUAGGAGCGUUGGUCAACGGAGUAUUCCUGGUGGCGCUUUGUGUGACCAUCUUUCUAGAGGCGAUUCAGCGGUUUGUGGAGAAACCAACGGUCACUCAGCCGAAGUUGAUUCUGAUUGUGGGGUGCUUGGGUUUGGCGAGCAAUAUCUUGGGACUGUUCCUGUUCCAUAAUCAUAGUCAUGGACCUGGUGGACACAGUCAUGGCCCUGAAGGACACUCGCAUGAGCAUGGAGAUGACGUGCAUGCUGCAGAGGAAGGGCACAACCAUCCACAUCUUGCUGAGGAGGGCGGAAACGUGGUGGAUGUACUUCCACAGCAGCGUAUCGCUGGUUGGCCGACAACCGCAAUAAACCAGACUGCUGGAAGUGAUUCUACGGCUGUAGAGGACACUGCUCAGAGUCCCAGCGCCAAGUUCGCCAAGCGCGCACAUAGCAGGUCACGUUCGCGGACGUACUCUGGAUUUAACGACAUCGAAGUCAACCCAUCAGCUUUCCGUCGCUCCAUCAUCGCAGCCAGCCGUAUGGAGCCCGUGCAGUCAGACGAGGACACCGAAGAAGAAGCAGUGGAGGAGGACGGCCACGACGAGACACACGACCACGAUCACGCCCACGAGCGUAGUGCUCUCGUCAGUAACAAAGCGAAUGGGAACUACGGCGCUAUGGGCAAGACAACAAGCCACACGAAGCACAUCCAUCGCCAACCAAAGGAAGCUGGUAAAGGGCAUGGCCACUCCCACGGUGAUCUGAACAUGAAGGGCAUCUUCCUCCACGUCAUGGGCGAUGCUCUAGGCAACAUCGGCGUCAUCGCCACCGCCUUGAUCAUCUGGCUCACCAAGUUCGAAGGAAGAUUCUACUUCGACCCUGCCAUCUCUCUCGUCAUCACAUUCAUCAUCCUCUGCUCCGCCAUCCCUCUCUGCAAAGCAGCAUCCAGAAUCCUACUCCAAGCAGUACCACUAGGCAUCAGCAUAGACGACAUCAAAGACGAUAUCGAGACCCUACCCGGGAUCAUCAGCUGCCACCACUUGCACGUUUGGCAACUGAGCGAUACGAAAAUGAUUGCCUCCCUUCACGUCCAAGUCGAGUUCGAACUCAAGGAUGAGGGGAGUGCGAGAUAUAUGCAUCUUGCGAAGACGAUCAGGGAGUGUCUGCAUGAAUACGGCAUCCACUCUAGCACAAUCCAGCCCGAAUUCUGCCUCGAUCCUAACCACUCACAUGCGGCGCAGAGUGAGAGUGAUGGUGCGCAUGAGCAUGGCCAUGAACACGGCAACAGUGGACAUCUGAGUCCCAGUGCCGGAGGCGAGCCAGGUAGCAAGGCGGCGAGUGUGAGGACUGCGGACGCUUGUUUGCUUGACUGCGACGAUAAGUGUGGAGCAGGCAAUGCAUGCUGUGCUCCGCCGGCAAAGGAUGACCAGGGCCAUGCGCAUUGA